AUGUUCACUUUACACGCUCUCCCACCGGUGGAAGAUGGGGAUUUUCUACAGGAUACAUUGCCACCUGUAUUUCCCGGUUUCUUCAUCCCUCGACUCGCAGACAAGCCGCAGAAUCCGAUACUGGAUACCUUAAAAAGGGAACAUGACGAUGUCGUAAUAAGGAAUGAACAUUUGCCUCAAGCCGCUAUCUUGGCGGCAGAUUUUAGUGCGCUUCGUUGGGUGUCGGAACCUUUGGUAGCGUUCAGGGACGAUGACUCGCUGUGGGCCAAAACUUUGACCCAAGCUGCCGGUACAACGACUCAUAUCUUAUCUUGGGAUAAUUUGAGACCCUCGCAGAGUAAACGAGCUGUGAAAACCGGCUUUCUAUCUGAGGAGGGUAGCGGGACUUUUGCAUCUGUUCGAUAUCAUGUACAACCUCGUCUCCAUGACCCUAAUACCGAAGUCUUACAUGUCCCAGUUAAUGUGCUCUGGCGAAACCUCAAGCUGACUGUCUGUGGAAUUUCGUCGCAGCUACAUAUAUGGGACCCCAUUUCCGAAAGAUUCGUCCAGUCAGGCGUGAAGAACGGAAGAAGUGGUGUGAUAAUCGUCGACGGAAAAGACGAGCAGAUUUGUGAAAGCAUCUGUGCUUCUUUUUUACAUAUUGGAACCCUGUUGCGACGGCUUGAAACCUUUCUCGUCGCGUUAAGAUCAAAAUCUCCGGCGGCGGGGCCCACCAUCCAUGCAUUCGCCCACACAAUGUCGAAUGUCCUGUUGUUCUUACGUAAAUCCCUAGCUGAGCAUCCAUUGAUGCAGGAGUUUGUAGAAAGAGGUGGGCUUUCGACGAAAGUCGCCUUUUCCACAUACUACGAAGAUAUUAUGGUUUCUUUGGCGAAAUUAUGCGGAAGAGAUGAAGACAUUGUUCCUACGGACUAUGUGCCGAUCGAGUCACGUCCACAAUCUCUACUUUCUCGCAUAUACGACCACCUAAAUACCCACAUUGAGGGGCAAUCUCAUAAGGAUGUCAUCGCUAUUCUAGCCUACAUCCUCACUAACACGUCUCCGGAAUAUCUUCUUCAAGUUUCCCGUUCUGUUGGCUUUGGCACGCGCCGACGGCCACCUCGGACCUUACAUGUCAUUGGUGAUCGUUCUUAUGAACAUGCUAGCGAACUGGUGGAUGACGCCGACGCCACAAAACAACCAGAUGGCCCGGAAUCAGAGGCUGUGGAUGCUUUCCCUGCUUUUUUCGCGGAUUUAUCCGAUGCCUUACUGGCAGCUCGGAAAUCACUCGUGUUACUCAUGGUGGCGCAGCCCGAUCAUCCAAUGCUCAAGGCGCACUCGGCUGAAGACGAUAUUCGGUGGUUCUGGUCAUCCUCCGAGAUCGAUGCUGCUUUCAAUGUUCGUUCCGUUCGCCCUUCAUCUGACCAGACAGACGUGCAAAAGCAGAAUGAUAAUGAACGGCCUUUCUCGCGUCCGCCAGAACUUGCCCAGUUCGAUCUAUUUGAUCUUGAACCGGGCGCGCGCAUUGGUCAAUCGUGUUUUGAUCAUUCCUCGACCACAUCGUCGACCACAAAUUUAAAUGCGUUCAUCAACAGUUUCCCAGAGACACUGCCUUUGAUAACGCCAACCCUCGCCCAUCUCACUACUCUUGUCCUCCGGCCGCUGCAUGUUCAUGCAUCCAAGCUGUCUGGAGAACUUCUCUCCUUCUUCUUACAGCCGUCUACGCCUCUCGACAUAAGAACACACAUGAGGCUACUGCAAUCCUACCUCUUGCUUGGUUCCCAUCAAUUUAAAUCCCGUCUAGCCGCAGCUUUAUUUUCAGAUAAUGAUAACUAUGAUGCACAGUCUCGUAAUCCCAUAUCCCUACAGGCUCUCCGAGUUCGUCGUCGUAACCGUGGUAGCCGUGUUGACGUGCAGAGCACUGCUUGGGCUGUUGGUCUUACUCCCAGUCUUUUGGAUCGAGAGACGUGGCCCCCUGUUGGCGCCGACUUAAGCUUCUUCCUGCGGACUGUAAUCGUGGACUCAUUCGAAUCAGUCGUUCAAGAAAAUAAGCUUGCGAGAACGGGAACUACACGACAGGGAUUGUUGGAAGAAGUGGAUAACCGGCUAGGUUUUGCAAUUCGUGAUCUUCCUACUGGUCGGGGACGAGAUAAGUGGCUUAAUCCGCUUUCAAUAGAGUCUCUCGACUUCCUUUACAUGGAGUACAAGCCUCCCCGCCCUCUGCAAGUGUUGAUUACACCUGAAAUUUUAGCAAAGUACCAGAGGAUGUUUACAUUUCUUCUUCGCCUGAUGAGAGUUGAGCAUGCGAUUACUGCUGUAUUUCGCAUGACGCGGUCAACUGAUGCUUCUCUUUUCCCAACAUUGUCAGCAUCGAGAAAGAGAUUACUACAUCUCCGAUUUAUAUCGCAUUCCCUGGUGUCUACGUUAUGUCAAUACGUUUGCGACACUGCGAUUGGUGGUAACUUUGACACAUUCCUGGGGCGAUUAUUACCCCAUGCUCCUCCUUUCCUUCACAAUGGCGAGCCUUCGGGUUUUUCCGACGUCUUCGCAUUAGCACGCGCUCAUUCAGCGUUGCUGGAUGAUAUCCUGAGUGCUUGCCUCAUGCGCUCAAGUCAGAGACAGGCUGGUGACUUGCUACGUGAUUCUCUUGAGCUGGUCCUGGAGUUUUCCAUUCUCGCCGGACAACUGAGACGGAAUAUCUUAGAGGAAUACGAAGCCGCUUCAUUACUCGACGACCUGUACACAAGGCUUCGAAAGAAAAUGUCAACCUUUACAAAUGUGGUCAAGUCAAUGGUCGAUGACAACAUCUCCAUUGUCAUGCAGGCUGCUUAUUCCGAAGGUGAUAGUUACAUGCACAAACCACCCGGAGGAACGCAGGCAUUGUCAACUUUGCUACUCCGCCUGGACAUGGCAGGAGAUUGGUGGUCAUAA